GGAUGAUUUUGAGCUGCACAUGGCUAUGUCAAGCGAGUCGGUUAUUUCACCGAGCACCGUGUUGCCACUGCUGUUGCAGUAGGACAAAAGAAUAUCGAUUUACAUGUAGCAGGUAUUGGUGAGCGGAAAAUGAAAAGGGAGAUCUUUACUUUUAGUUGUUCUUGUUGUAUCCUCAUCAUCGCGACGAGAAUGGUAAAACAUCAACGCAAAGAGAAAAAGAUUUCUUUAAAAUUGUUUCUACUUCUUUCAGCAGGACGAGUUAGAGUUUGGUAGUAAAGAAAUCAUAAAGUAGGCUGACUACGUCGCGCACGUAACGUUUGGAUCCAAAAAGAAGAAGGUGUAGGUGUUUCUAGUAUUCUUGUGGCUGAGGACAGCACUUAUAUGAUCCAACCGUGCAUAAUUAGCUCUACUUAUCGCAACAUUCGGAACUGUGGAGGGGUGUCCUUAUUCCAGUAUCAGUAGGGAAACAAAAACAAACAAUGGAGUGAGUGUUCAAAAACUUUGCUCCUAUAAUCGAAGGUCAAGGUCAGGUUUUUCUAAGUACAAGUAGCAUAUGAUCAUUAUAUAUAUGUAUAUGGCCAUUUCUAGCCUAUCCUAUGGCGAAGAUGGUUCUAAGAUGGCUCUCCUCCACCUCUUUGACGAGGAAGAUGAACUCUCAUUUAUAAAUCUAGUCCCCUUGUUCUCGCUCUCCUCGGCUAGUGGGAGACCUGGACGAAUAAUAGACAAUUACUGUUAUUAAGGAGCUUUAGUAGAAGAUAUAUGCGAACGGAAUGCGCGCUCCUACAACUUCUUGUUCUUGUGAUGUUGAGGAGUCAGCUCCGUCUCCUUGAUGCUAAUUAUCAUUUUGAUGAAGCUCCUAAACCUCCUCGUCCUCAUGUAACGUAAUUAGCACUACAAAAACUGCUUCUAGUUCUACGUCUACCGAGCAAGAACAACAUGUUGACCACUAAUACGUCGCGCACGUGCUCGGUUUCUUCAUGUCCACUUCGUACUUUCAGUUCUUGUUAAAAAAAAUUUAUUUCUUGUUAAAAAAAACCCGAGGAGGCAGGUCAAACUGGUGUGGACGGUGAAUCAAAUCCUAUCCUAUCCUUCUUCCGGAUAAGGAUAUUUCUGAAAAACUUGCGUCGUCGAACAAUCUAAGUUCUUCGUCGAUAUUUCUUGUUCCUGCUCUCGUCUCGUACCUUUUUCUGUGGCUGCACAUGUUCGCUCGAUGAGGCAGGUGGUCACACUGUGGACGGCGAACCACCUCCUAUCCUAUCCUUUUUCUUUGCUGACUCACCUCCGUUCAUACCUUCAAAGCGAACAAGCGCG